AUGGACGGCGAGGUAGAUAUCGAUGAUCUUUUUGAAGAUGGGGCCGCCCUAUCAAUGCCCUCGCGCCCGCCCACAAAAGAGCUAUAUCAGAGGAUUGAUGAGCUCAGAGGGAGUGGGUGUUGCCAGGCGAUUGCGUGGUCAAAAUGGGGCAGCAUAGCAUCAAUCAGUGCAAACGGGACUACUGUGGAGUUCCGGAAUCUGCGCUGCGCACCUGAGAAUGGCACCUGGGGUCUGAGCGAGCCCACAGUGACGCCGCAAUUGACCACAAGCAUGGAUGGCGGCCCUCUGAAGCAUUUAUGCUGGAGUCCUACUGGCUCUGAACUAGCCGUCAUUGAUGCUGCCGGAAGGGUAAACAUCUUGACUAUUUUUUCGUCUUUGAAUAAGCCUACUCUCGCUAGGCCUUCUCAGAUAGAUACCACGGAUGAUCUGCAUGCCGUUGUAGGCUGUUACUGGUUGAAUUUGGCACCCUUCCCUCAAAACCGUCCAACAAUCUUGAAUGGCCCAGCAAUCAAAGAAGGAUCCAACUAUCGAUAUGAAGCUUCUCAGACUCCCGUCCUCGGUCCAUUCCACCCAAAUCAUUCCAAGUCUGCUUUCGUCUGCGUUACCACGAACGGCGUUCUCAGAGUCUUAUGGCCUCAGAACAAUGGUAAGUGGUAUGAGUCGCACACGGAACUGGAAAGUGUCGUAUCUUCUGAUGAUUUGAUUACCCAUGCGGCAAUAUGCUCCGACAAAUCUGGUACUUUAUUAAUUGCUUUUGCUACUUCUUCAAAGCAACUUCGUACCGUACGAGCUCUGAUUGACUGGGGCCUUCCCAAGACGGCAGAGAAGGUCAACCCAGCAGCAUUACCUCUGAACCCAACUGUCAAAACUCGACAUCUUGCUGCCACUAGCUGGCUCCAUGACAUCCCUAACGAAAAUUUGAAUGCUUCACAUGUAGAGUCAACGGCAACCCACCUAUCUCAUCUCGAGUUCUUGCCUCCGUGCAUAGACGCUUCUGGUCCAAGUACCCCUCCAACGAUCAUAGCUGUUCGCUCUCAUCUACCAGUUUCGAUGUCACAUUACAACCAAGAUGUCCAUACCACGAUAGACAGAUGGGAAGUUCGUGAGAAGCAACAGAAUAUCCAUCCGGAAUUCGAGCAGUUGAGCUCCCGCCGGAACAGUGUUGGUACACAACCAGGGAGUGUCCAUUUCCUCAAGAAGCUUGAAAGCUUCACGGUGAAUAAAAUAGCUAUUGCAAUGCAGCCUAUGAAUCUUGGAAAGAUACUUUGCUUCGCAUAUAGCGAUAGCUCUGUUGAUUAUCGUGAUCGCAACACCAUGCUAGAAACAUUUACGGAUGGUGACCUUGACAGGGUCUGGCAUCUAUCCCAGAUUGGGUUUUCGUAUACUGAAGAUGAACCUUGUUUACACUUUGCCUUAUCACCCAGCUACUGCUCUGUUGUACAAAUCCGGAAUGACGGAAAGGUCAAGUGGAAGCAGCUUGACUACCACAUGGGUGAUAUCGGAUCUAGCAUAGAAGAUGCACGUUAUGCUGCAGUUAUUGCAGCACUCUCGUUAUCGUGCUCCACAGCAGUAAUGACAAAUGUUAACUACGACGAUGUCCUUGCCACUGCUCACAAGCAUGCCAAAGCCAGUAAUUUUGCCUACGACUGGCUAAUAGAGCUAUCUCGCAUCUUGAAGGUUUAUGUAGACUAUUCAGAGGAAACCCAUUUCGAUGUGCUCAUCCGAAACACGACAAUCCAGUUAUGUCUGAGCAUUCAAAACUCCCUUGGAUUCAAGGGGGAAUUCCAUCCGCGAACAUUCGCAGGCAAGUUCGCCUGGGUCGUUCUACAGGUACGGAAUAUUGUCGUACUGGUGACCAUGGCCGCGAACAUGAAGGUCGCAGGGCCAAACAACGAAAAGUCAUCACCGCUUGAAGAUCCAGAGGUGAUAAACGCACUUGCUGGGUCGGUCCGAUGGGUCCUCGAUCUUAUGGCCUGGAUAACAGACACGCUCCUCACCCUCCCAAGCACCCUCCCAGCGUCAAUCGACCUCACGAAUCCCAGCACUCUCUCUCUCCCAGAUCUGCUCACCCAUCUCCGAUCUACAAACAACAUAUGCCUACACCUCCUCCUGUCCUCUCCAACCCGCGGCUUUCUAACGGCCAUCUGCCGCCGGCUCGUACACCUGGACCACAUCGCACGCAAGGCCAUCGUCCACACGAUGCCCGGUUACCCAGGAGGCAGUUCCCAAAACGGCACGCCCAACGCCCAGCAACCCAUCCCCUCCCUCUCCCCGGCCCUCCGCGCCGCGUACCUAAAAAUCGCCACGCUGACCGCCUCGGCCAUCCUGCGCAUCAAAACCUUCGAAGCCCUCCUCUCCGGCGUCGCCAACUCUAUCAAAACCGCCUAUUCCAACCACACGCCACCCCUCUCAGGCUCCCCCAACGCCGAGAAAGCCCGCAACGCCAUCGAGAUCAAGAUGCUCUUCGGCGGGUCCCUCCCGGACGCCUUCGUCCCCGUCAUCACGGAGCUCUUCCGGCCAUCGGGCCUCCUCGCCGCGGUCCGCGACGACAUCGAACCGGCGCGGCUCUUCUUCGCCGACUUCGCCAUGCUCGAGCUCGACGACGACGCGGCGGCCCUGGCGCGCCGGCGCCGCGCCGCUCGCACCAUGGACUGCUUCCGCAAGGCGUGGCUGCCGAACCCGCACCCGCGCACGCGCGACGAGCCGGACCGAGCUGCGCGACACGGGGUCCGCUGGCGGAGGUGUGCGCGCUGCGCGGCGGUCAUGGAGGAUGUGUUGAGUCAGAGACAGGCGUUGCAGUGGUUGGUUAUGCAGCAGAGGAGAUGCUUUUGCUCGGGGUAUUGGGAUACGUUGCAGCCUGGGGAGACGGCUGCUUGA